AUGACCACCACAUCUACAGUAUCCGGAAUCAGUGUGUCACUGAGCAAUCAGGAGCAAUGGGAGAAGUUUUAUCCGCAUACUGAAAUGGUAGUGACGAGAAAAAGCGGUCGUCUAUUGUUCCCUCAUCUGAAGUAUAUUCUCAAAGGAUUGGAUGAAGAGACAGAGUACAGUGUAUUCCUGCAUUUCGAGAGAAUCGAUAAUUGGAAGUACAAAUUCACAUUCGCUGGAUGGGAUAAAUGGACGGAUGGUGACGAGAAGUUGCCAAUUGAUAUGAAACAACACAAGGAAGAAUGGAAAUGUGGAAGGGAUUGGAUGAAAGAUCCAGUGUCAUUCGAUUACAUCAAAAUCACGAAUAAUACAGAGGACAAGAAAGAGAACGAGAUCUUGUUGCAGAGUAUGCAUAGAUAUCUCCCAGUUAUCAGUAUCCAGAAGAAGGGCGGUACGGAGAAAGAGGAAUUCCGAUUGGGAAUCACUGAGUUCAUGGCUGUCACUGUUUAUCAGAACAAAAACAUGCCUUCCUUAAAAGUAGAACUCAACCCACGUGCUUCUGGAUUCAGACAAACUGGCGGACAUCACAAGCCAAAAAUAGGCGACAAACGUCUAUCAGAUGCUCCGCCCCUUUCUCCUCCCCCAGCAAAACCAGUGACACCUUCUACAGUACCUCCUACAGUACCUCUUACAGUACCUCCUACAGUACCUCCUACAGUACCUCCUACAGUACCUCCUACAGUACCUCCUACAGUACAACUGAUCCAACCAGCCAUUCCAUUGCCUCCUAUUCCAGUCGCUCCAUCUCUUCCAGAUAGUGAAGAGAAUCAGAUGGAACAGCCAUUGAAAAUCGAUAUCCCACCGAAUAUGGUUGCAUUUCAAUACUUGGCAAACCUACAGUAUCAACAAAUGAUGAAUUCGAUGCUAAUCAACAAUAUGGUUACAUGUUGGUUGAAUAAUAAACAGAUUCCGAAGAGAGAAGAAAUCGAUAAGUGUGAUGAGAAGACACCGUAA